GGAGCGGCGAAAAGUUGCUUUCCAUAGCACAACCGUCAACGCCGAAACUAGCCUGUCUUUCCUUUUCAAAUUUGUUUCUCAACAAAAACCAGUUUUCUUGAACCUUGGCCUCUUAUUGCAGUCAAACCGGUAGCAUCCUUUCUUUGAUAUAUCUAUCUUCAGAACCUACGUCAUGGCAACUUCAAGAGCCAUGUCACGGACAUUGGCCGCUGUCGCUCGGCCCAUCACAGAGACAUCUUGCCGAGGAAUUCCGCGAUGGACUCGUUCAAUCAGCACCGUCCAGUCACAACUUCUUGCCGGUUCUUAUACUACACGGCCCCUUGCACGGCGACAGCGCAAUAUUCCAACUACCAUACCAAGCCUCGCCGGUGUCGGUAGCGGGAUCCGAACCAUCUUCAUCCAGACGGAGAACACCCCGAACCCAGAUGCCCUCAAGUUUCUACCGAAUCAUCGAGUUGUGCCCGAGGAGCUCUCUACGCCUUUUAUCGAGUAUCUCAACCCCCGAGCAACCAUUUCUCCGCCGUAUCCUUCUCCACUCGCUGCCAAGCUUAUGAAUAUCGAUGGAGUUACGUCGGUUUUCUACGGCGCCGAUUUCAUUACUGUUACGAAGGCUGCAGAUGCCAAUUGGGCACAUAUUCGACCGGAGAUCUUUGCCCUCAUCACAGAAGCCAUCACUGCAGGUGAGAAGAUAGUCACUGUCUCCGAACGCCGGGAUGGCGAGGCCGGCGCGGCCGAGGAGGAGGAUAGCCUUGCGUACAACGAAGACGACAGUGAGGUUGUUGGUAUGAUCAAGGAGCUUCUUGAGACACGAAUUCGACCAGCUAUCCAGGAGGAUGGCGGCGACAUAGAUUUUCGAGGUUUUGAUGACGAGGGCUAUGUGCAUCUCCGGUUGCGAGGUGCCUGUCGUACUUGCGAUUCCAGCACUGUCACCCUCAAGAAUGGAAUUGAGGGCAUGCUGAUGCAUUAUAUUGAGGAGGUCAAAGGUGUUAAGCAAGUGAUGGAUCAAGAGGAAGAAAUUGCUUUGCAGGAGUUCGAAAAGUUUGAGGAAAAGCUCAGGCAGCAAAAGGGCACUGCCGCCUCGGCAACAUAGAAUGGCUGAAAACAAGGAUUAUCCUUAUAUGUAUGAUAUUUUGGUGGCAAUUUGAUGAUACCCACGGAAUCUAUCCCCUUCGCCUGCCAUCUCAUCAUUGUAAAGUGCUGGGGGAAUGAUCCUCUAAUCACAAUUCGACGUUCGGACCAAGACUUGUGAUGGGAAAUGCGCAUGUACGGCAUAUCGGCCCUGUGGCCUAUUUUUGAGAGCGGAGGUGCUUUGCGC